GACGCUACUGACUCAAAAUAGUACAACAAUUGAAAUGACCUACAAUAUGUCGUGUAACACUUAUCAUGUUUUCCAUUGUACGGCUGAACAAGAAAAUCAUUGGUCUGGCAAGACAAUCUCUAUAUAUAAACAUUGUAAGUAACAUCUAUGAUAACCUGCAUGCUAAAAUAAAGUGUGAUCUUAAAUGAUAAACAUAACUUAAUCUACGAAUCUAAUAUUAACAAAGUCAAUUUAGCGACUAAUAGCUUAGUGUAUAUGAAAUUUGAAUGAGAAAACAAUUUUUUAAUUAGAUCAGUUACACAUUUUUGUGUGUGGAUAAAUUACAGUUUUCUUAGUCAAAUUAGGAUGCAUGUGGGCCAGAGCAGCAAUUAUCAAUGUAUAAAUAGUUCACUUUCAAAAAGCCUUAUGUGAAUUUCGAAAACACUAGUCAUGCCCAUCCGAUCACGUAAAUAUGCAACGUGCUACUGCUUGCAAUUCAGUUGUAUGAAAUUUUAUUAGGGCAAUACAUAGUUCAUCUUCAUUGUUUGAUAACAAUAUUUUUUUAAACCGAGCAAAAGCGUAAUCAAUCACAUGUAAUAAUCCGAUUCCAUAGUACGCUAGUAAAGAUAUUUAUUUUUCGCUUGGCUUCUUUUAAAGCUUUCAAACAUUUUGAUGUGAUGACCAUGGUUUCAUGGUAGAGGCAAUAAUCACAACGAUAACCAAAGAUAUUUGGUAUGUGCACAGCAUUGAGUUAAUCACUAGGAUUAUAAGCUGAAGUGUUAUUAUGACUUAGUUUGUUUUUCAUGAUAUUAUUAUUUUGAAUCUAAUUUUUGACACUGAUCAUCAGUUUCAUUCCUACCUUUAAUUUUUUAUUAUUAUUUUUUUUUGCACAACGCAACACCCUCUAACUAAUACUUAAUUGUUGUAGAGAUUAUUUAAAUGUAUUAAUAAAUAUCAAUUUAUAAGCAAACAGAGUGCAUUGCAUUUAAUAAGUGAUAUUUAUUUAUUUUUUUAUUUAGAGAUGGAUAUAUUUGUUAUUUUAAUUUUUAACAGAUAAUAUAAAUCAGAACAAAUGAAGAAUGAAGAAACUUGAGUCUCAAUUGAAUAGAAAUAAUUUUUUUGUUAAAUGAAUAAAGCUACCAAUUAAAAAAAAAAAUAAAUAAAAAUAAAAAAAAAAAAAAAUAUUUUAAUUUUUAACAGAUAAAAUAAAUCAAAAAAAAUGAAGAAUGAAGAAACUUGAGUCCCAAUUGAAAAGAAAUAAUUUUUUUGUUAAAUGAAUAAAGCUACCAAUUAAAAAAAAAAAUAAAUAAAAAUAAAAAAAAAAAAUGUUGUCCCAUAGCUAGUGUUUUGAUCACGCACAAAAAAUCCAAAAAAAAUCACUAAAGUGACAUAUUAAAAUCGUAUCGUUCAGUGUCUGAAGCAUAAUGCAGUUAAGUACCACUGCAAAACAAAUAAAAAUUUCAAACUUCUGAUCUUAAGAAUGAUAGGUCUAUCAAAAAGGUUAUAAGAUAAUAGCAAAUAAUGCUAGAUGACGUGUGUGUUUGUACGUGUGUGUAUGUGUGUUGGGGCGGGGGUUAUAAUUAUUCAAAAUAAUCAUAUUCUUUAUCAUAUCUUUUAUACUUAGUAGGCCCUAACUGAUAAACCAUAAUUAUAAACUGUUAAAUCUAGAAGGGAAAAUGUGUAAUUAUUGGAUUGUAAUGAUUUUUGGAAUUUUUAAGUCAAAUUUAAUAAUUUUUGAAUGAGUGGCACCCAACAAUUUUAUCUCCCUUGAAAUGUUAGCAUUACUGAACGCUUUUUUUCUAAAAUCUAGGUUACUGUGAACGCUUGUGUCACAUAUAGGCCUAAUAAUGAUUUACAUGGGAGUUAAAAAAUGAGAAAAUUAUCACAUGUAAUUUAUAAGAGUAUGAGCACUUGGGAAUAGGAACCAAUCAGAGGAGUACAAAGGACGAUGGAGAAUAUAGCGGUUGUGGUUAAGACCAUAUUAUUAAUUAUUAUGUGAUAAGAUAAUGAAUCGAUUGUGAUUGUGACGUUAUCAAGUAGAGAAGCUUUAUUCUAUGUAUUUUUUAAGAUCCGUACAAGUAUUAUCUAUCUGUGAUUAUAUUGUGAUUGUGUAUUAAUAAAGGAUAGUCACUAUUUCAUUUGAAGCUACAACGGCUCUAUUAUUAUAUUUAUAUAAGAUAGAUCAUAUCAUAACUAGAUUGUGGUAGACUGUGAGUGAUUGAAGACGGUACACAGACCACCAAUCAAUUUGGUGGCAGCGGAAAAAAAAAUAUAAGAAAGUGAAUAAAUAGGAACGUAGACAAGUGAAAAAGAGAACCUAAUCAUAAUUCGAAGCGUCUACACAUUCGACGCGCCGGACAAAUAGUGCUGGAGAUAUAUGUCCGGCGGCCAUGUCACGUGACCGCCGGACGACAAGUGGAAGAAAUUCUUCCGGCGGGCACGUGACUGCCCCGCCGGACAACUAGUGAAAGAUAUUUUUCGGCAGUAUACAUGUCAUGCAACAAGUGGUCGCCGACUAAAUAAUUGCAUUGCAUUUGAUAUUAACAUAUUGUGUACAUAUUUGAGUCAGCUGAAUAUUUGAAUAUUAAACUAGUCGGCCUAUACAUUAAAUAGUAGUACUAUUACUACUACUAGUCUAUUUGAUUCUGACUCUUCAACGAAAAAGGUCCCUUAUCUUGCUUAAACAUCUUGUAGAGCUCUAGCUUGAAACCUAAAUUUAAAAUAUGAACAAAAUAAAAUGAGACCAGUACAUUUCAAUACACCUAUAUUAUGUCAAUAAAGCUGUAUUUCAGAAUUUGUAUUUACUAUUUCAUGAGAAGUAGGUUAGGUUUCCACUACAUUGACCCUUACAUUAAGGAUGUAGGGUCUAUUUAUUUGUGAACUAUCGGCCUCCCCGCCUUAGACGUAAUUAUUUAUCACCCUCAGCUUCACUGAUAUUUUUUGUUAUUACCUUAAUUAUCUUUCCAUCUCAGCAUUGCUUCCUUCUAAAAUGCAUUAUUGCUUAACCCCCACUUUGUUCUGGUAAGAUACCCAAGUAUGUUAUUCUAUUAUUUGUUUGCAAGAUUCUUAGUAAAUUACUUGGUAGAGAAAUAGAUUUUAAAAUUAACAGUUUUGAAUCAUUCGCAGUCACGUGGCAAGGCAGACUGACAAAUAUCUCUCGCCCCUUUGUUACUGCGGUCAUGUGACUUCGUCGCCGGAUAGAUAGUGCGGGAGACAUACGUCCGUCGCUACGGACGUGUAGACGCUGCCAUCAUAAUUAUAUCCAGCUAUUGUUUUCCUUCGGGAACAAUCAGCUGAUUUAAAUUCAAGAUGGCGGAAGAUGGUCGUUAAUGUGUACAAGAUUCUAAUACUACUACUAGUGACUAGUACCACUGAUAUAUCUGUGAGGGGAUUAGUUAAUGCAAUUUCAGAUUUAAGGAUAGCCAUCCCAAUGCAAAAUUUAAUUUAAAAAUGACAUUGAGAAUAUUUUAUAUUCAAUGGGAAACCAUAAAAGAUAAUAUAGCAGUCUUCCAGAAAGAAAAAAUACAAACAGAAACAACUCAAAUAGUGUAUUUAAUUGCUGGAGUUGUGGAAAAGAGGGACAUUUAAGAAGACAAGACUGGAAUCAGGGCAGGAAAUUCAAUUAUUCUCACAAUGUUAGACAGGAAAAUAACAGAAGAAUAUCACCUAAUAACAAUCCACCAAGAAAAGCUUAUGAAAGAGGAAGAUAAGCAUAUAAUCAUACUGUAGCCAAUAUGUUGAAUUGUAAAGGACAGUUAAGUUUUUACCCAGCUUAUGUGAAUGAAAAAUAAACAUUAUGUCUCAGAAAUACUGAAUGUUCAACAAUUGUUGUUGACAGAUCAUUAGUGAAAUCAGAUCAAUUCACUAAGUCAAAAGAAAAGAUUAAGUUAGGAGAUGGAAAAAUUAUUUCUUGUCAGACAGCGUUUAUUAAAAUUGAUACACCUUUGAUAACAGGAAAAAUUCAAGCAGUUGUAAUGGAUAAAAUUAAAACACCAUUAAUAAUAGGUAACAUUCCAGAUGUGAUACCUGACAAAUAGUGAAAUUUUAAUGAAAUAGUGCUUGAUGAGAAGACAACAAAUAAAACUGCAUACUUCUACCAAGUUAGAAAAAGAAGAUUGUCAAGAUAAUGAAAUAGAAGAAAAACAGAAUGACAGCAUGAAGGAAAUUACAAUGAGCAAAUGGAAUGGCACUGAAAACAUGGGAAAAUACUUACAUAGAUUUAAUGCCAUUGCUAGAAAUGAAAAGUUAUCAGAUCACAUGAAAGCAAUUUUACUUAGAGGAAAAAUGAUAGGAAAUAAGAAACCAUACAAGAUAACACAAGAUAACAUUGGAAACUAUGAGAGCAUGAAAGAAGAAUUAAUUCACAAUUUAACAGAAAACAGAAAGAACAAUGAAAAGAAAAAAACAAAUAAUCAGCAACAUGAUCUUAAACUUAAUGUGAUUACAAGAGCACAACAAAAAGAAAAUGUUGAACAGGAAUCAGAAUCAAAUGAAAUAAAGGAAACAUGUGCAACCAUUAUGAACAUAAGUAAGAACAACUAGUGAAAGAACAGAAAGAGGACAAAAACUUAUACCACUACAUCUAAAGAGUAGACUGCAAGCUCAACUCAUAACAGAAGCAAAUAGGUCAAAUAGGUACAUCAAAGAGACAGAACAAAUAUGUCUUAAGAACAAUAAAAGACUUUGCAACACGAUAGAUCGAGGCUAUAACAUUAAGAGAAAUUACAGCGGGGAGCAUUAGUCAUGAACUAUUAUUAAUUUGACGCCAAUGGUGCCAAGCCAUAUCGACACUAGUUGAUCCCUUGGGUCCACCACUGCCGUGGAGAGGGGAUAUCUGCUGUCUGGGCAGCAGCUGAUUCUCCAUACUACUUCGCCCAGGCUUUAUCGUCACUGGAGAGGACACUUCCGCAGCCCCGAAUGGUGUGAACACAACACGGGGGGCAGCAGUUACCGGUUUUAAGCCAUAGCUCAAUUCGCUUAGAGCUAGGCGCCAGGGGUUGCUUCUGAUGGUGGAAGAGAUAGUCAUGUCUCACAGGGUGUGUGGAGCUCAAAGGCCACAAAAACAUGCACCUAGAAAUAAGAAAAGAAAAGAAAAGAAGACCCCAGCUCUUCGACUAGCAAGCUGGAACGUGAGUACAAUGUGUCCGGUCAUUAUUAACGACCUGCAUAUCACAAACGAUGCAAGGAAGACAGCUAUCAUUGAUAGAGAGCUUAGCAGGCUAAACAUUGAUAUUGCCUGUCUCCAGGAAACUAGGCUCCCUGAAUUUGGUACCAUAAGAGAACACAACUACACUUUCUUCUGGCAGGGUGGACCAAUGGACGCACCAAGACAACAUGGGAUUGGUUUUGCUAUAAAAAACACACUCUGCUUCUCCAUAGAACCAACGACACAGGGCACAAAUAGAAUACUAACUAUCCGACUACCAACAUCUUCAGGUUUAGUCAACAUCCUCAGUGCCUAUGCCCCAACCCUUUCCUCCAGCUCAGAAGCCAAAGACCAGUUCUACGAAGAUCUUAAUCAAACAAUAGCCAGCAUACCAACAACGAAGCAAUUUACAUUUUGGGUGACUUCAAUGCAAGAGUAGCAAGCGAUCACAUGGCCUGGCCAACAGGACACUGUCAUUUUGGAAGAGGCAGGCUAAAUGAAAAUGGGCAGAGACUAUUGGAACUGUGCUGCCUACAUGAAUUAUGUGUAACUAACACCUACUUCAACUGUAAGGGUAUCCUUAAGUGUCAUGGAGGCAUCCCCGCUCUAAACACUGGAACCAGUUAGAUCUCAUAAUCACAAGACGCACACAACUGGCCAGUGUCCUCCUCACACGCAGCUACCACAGCGCAGACUGCGACACUGAUCAUUCCUUAGUGGCUAGCAAGAUAAGGCUACAGCCAAAGAAACUGUAUCACACCAAAAACAAGAGUAAACCACGCAUAAACAUCUGCUCCACCAAAAACCCAGAGAGAACAGAAGUAUACACCCAUAGUCUACAAGAAACUCUUGUACAAACGCCACCAAUGGACACUAUUGUGUCCAAAUGGUCACAUCUUGCGGAUACUAUCUAUAACUUGGCUAUCACGGCAUUUGGAAAAAGAGAACGCAAAAGUGCAGAUUGGUUCGAGGCCCAGUGGCAGGAAAUGAAACAUGUCACCGAUGCAAAAAGAAAGGCCCUCUUAGCUUAUAAAGACAGACGUUGCCCAGCACUUCUACAAUCGCUUAAAAGCGCCAAGACAAAUGCCCAGCAGGCAGCUCGCCACUACGCUAAUACAAACUGGCUAAAUUUAAGCUCCAGCAUACAAUCAGCUGCUGAUAGAGGGGAUGCAAAGUCAAUGUACGAGAAUAUAAAGCAAGCAACAGGCCCUCUGAUCUCUAAGACUGCGCCCUUAAUGUCCAAAUCAGGGGAAAUUAUUACUGAUCGAGAUAAACAACUUAAGCGGUGGAUAGAGCACUACUUGGAAACAUAAGCAACGAUAAACCAAGUCUUAACCACUGCCCUGGACGAUAUCCCAGACUUGCCGGUCAUGGAGGAGCUUGAUACCCUACCCACAAUAGAAGAGCUACGUAGAGCCAUCGAUUGUCUCGCCAGUGGGAAAGCCCCGGGCCAUGAUGGUAUCCCACAAGAAGCUCUCAAAUGUGGAAAAGGAGUACUUUUACGGCCCUUAUACGAUCUCCUUACUCUGUGCUGGGAACAGGGACAGCUACCACAAGAGCUGAAAGAUGCAAAUAUCGUUAUAUUGUAAAAAAAUAAAGGAGAACAUAUGUUGCUCCCUGCACUUCUCCUGCAGCUGGCGCAGAGAGAAGAUCAUGUCUAUGGUUGACCUACCGGCGCGAGAACCACUUUGCGAUUCUGGGAGUACACGCGAUGCUAGGGUCUGAAGGCGAGGAGGGAGAUUCCACGAUAGUUUUUGCACAUACUGUCAUGAACAACAUUUUGUUUAGCUCAAAACAAUAUUUCAGAAGAAAAAAAGAAUUUAGGCCUUAAGCCCAAAACAGAAUAUUGUAAAAUGUGUGUAAUAAUUCAGAAAAUUUUUAUUCCCAAUCGUAUAAAUGGUAAAGUAGCGCAUACAGGACGUAUAUACACACAUUAAUUUUUAUAUGUAUAAACAUUGUUUAACAAUAAAAAGAUACCAUUUGCGCAACUACUCAAGGAAGCAAUCUGUCUACCAUCCAUACACCCAUAUAUUAUCAGUACAUUCAUCCAUCCAGCCAUCCAUCCAUCCGCCCGUCAAUUUAUCUAUCUAUCUAUCUAUCUAUCUAUCUAUCUAUCUAUCUAUCUAUCUAUCUAUCUAUCUAUCUAUCUAUCUAUCUAUCUAUCUAUCUAUCUAUCUAUCUAUCUAUCUAUCUAUCUAUCUAUCGAUCUAUCUAUCUAUCGAUCGAUCGAUCUAUCUAUCUAUCUAUCUAUCUAUCUAUCUAUCUAUCUAUCUAUCUAUCUAUCUAUCUAUCUAUCUAUCUAUCUAUCUAUCUAUCUAUCUAUCUAUCUAUCUAUCUAUCUAUCAAUAUAUCUAUCUAUCUAUCUAUCUAUCUAUCUAUCUAUCUAUCUAUCUAUAUAUCUAUCUAUCUAUCUUUCUAUCUAUCUAUCUUUCUAUCCAUCUAUCAUCUAAGAAAUUCUUCACCCAUUGCUAUUUUAAAAAUUAAAUUUUCGCUGGUGUAAAAUGAAUGAGUUUGAUAUUCAUGGGUAUAAUUGUGUAAAUGUACUUAUAUUUUGUUACCGUCAUUGGUUUUCUUGAUUGGUGAAAUUAGAUAAAGCAUCCAUUUUACCAAAUUGUAACAUCAUUGGAUUGAAAGAAAUUGCUAUCCACGUAAAAUUGUACACACCCUAUUUCCUAACCCACCUAAGAAGGUUAAUUAUUUUUCAAAUUCAUUCAUAUGCGUAUCGUAUGCUGCCUUGGGCAAAUGAAACUAUCAUUAAUUUUCAUUAAAGUAUUUUUUUUUUAAAGAAUAAAAGUAAAAACUCAUUAAAUGUUAAAAAUACGAAGCUAAAAAUGUGUUUAAUUUUAGAAAAUUCCAGGAAUUUCAAAAGCAAUAUAUUAUAUGUAUUAAUUUUACUUUUAAAAGGGGAAAUACAUUAUCAGUUUUGUCACGCACCAUGAUAAAAUAUUUUAAAAACUUAGAGCAAACACGCUAUGACGUCAUUUGCUUAAUUAUUUUACUGAAACUAAUUUUAUUUUUAUUUUGCAAUAUUAACAACGCACUAAAAUACGGUAUAAGAAUAACUGAUCUUUUGGUUUUUCCGAUAAUGUGAUUAAGUUGCAAUUCUUAGAUCAUAUUAUUUUGAUUAAUAAAUUUGUUCAUUACUUUUACAGUUGGAUAAAAUGCUUAAAAUAAUUCCUUAGUUGUUACUUUAAAUGUAGGCCUAUUUGUAAUUUAUAAUAAUAAUACUUACUUUUUCCUAAAAUAAAAUUGGAAAUAUAAUAUUUUUGGCGCAUGUAAAUUUAUUCGAUUUCUUGAAAAUAAUAGAAAAUAACUAUGAUUGUUUAUAGGAAUACGAACGUACUUAAAUAGUAUCUCCCUUUUGGAGUUAUGUGACUCUAGCUCAAUCUUAUAUAUAGAAUAAAUGACCCGAAGUUAUCGGGAUAAUAAUGGUAGAGCUUAUGCGAUAAUUUCUGACUGCUAUUGCAAAAACUCAUCACAAUUCAUAACUUUAAAAAUGUAAUGAUAUUUACGUUCCUAAAAUUAUUACGUUUUGAGAAGUAUUUAUAUAUUAUAGGCCUAGCCCACUCGUUUUCACGCUCCUAAAGUACUUUUUCCCCCUCUAAACAUGACCUUAAAUUACACAGUCUAAAUUAUUACUAAUUAUAUCACUUUUGUCCCUUAAGAAAUUAAUUUAGGGAAAAUUAAUAAAUUUGAGAAAUACUUUAUAUUUACCCUUUUUUUAAUUUUUUUAAAAAUUGCCUUAAAUUUACACCAAAACUGUUUAUAUUAAAUAAAAAUAUUUUUAUUAUAGGAAUUUGAUAUAUAUUGAUAUCUUCAGCAAAAGUAUAAACACAUAUUUGCCUUUUUAACAAUAUAUAUAUUAUGAUAAAACAAAGAAUUCUUUUAUCUAAAGAAGAAUCGUGCAACCGUUUUUCAAGUCUACAACAGAUUUGAGUGUUGUUGUUUUUUUUUAAAUUUAAAUGGUUAAUCCCAUAAAAUAUAAAUAUCUUUACUUUUUGCAAAGUAAAAAAAAAAUAUAUUUUAAUUUUUUGAAAGUAAAUAUUAACCCAUAUCUAUUUUUCAAAAUUAAGUUUUCAAGUGUGUAAAAUGAUUAGGUUUUUAUAUUCAUGGGUAUACUUAUAUAAAUGUAUCCACGAUUUGUUAACGCCAUUGAUCUUCUUAAUUGGUAAACAUACUUAUAUUUGUAAAAGGAGAGAGUAACAUCUCUUUCUUCACACUUGUAAUAACAUCGGAGUUAACUAUGUUGUCAUUAAGGUGAAAAUGUAUACAAACUAUUUCCUACCUCCGACGUGUAUUUACACAAAAAAAGUAAUUAUUUAUCAAAAUCAUUCCUUUAUUUUGAGAAUGAACAUAUCCAUAUUUGUAAAAAGAGAAUGUAACAUCUCCUUUUUCACAAAUGUAAUACCAUAGGAGUUAACUUUUUUGUCAUCCACGAACAAAUGUACACAGCUCAUUUCGUACCACCCACAUGUAUGUCCCAAGAAGUUUAAUUAUGUAUCAAAAUCAUUCCUUUAUUUUGUGACGUAUCUUGUGCUGCCUGGGGCAAGGUAACCAACCCCUCCCCCACUCAGAUUUAAAUAAAUUUAGAAAAAUCUUCUACCGGAUUGUUUGAUUUGAUAACUAUAUCGUGCUGGUAUCCAUGCCACUUUCUUUUUUGUUUUCGUCAUAAGUGGGUUAGUCAAUGCUAUUUGUCUAUGGAGUUGCGCUGCACUGUUUGACUUAAGCCGCAUUUUCUUUUUAGAAAUAUAUUUAAAGGUUAGUUUUUAUUACGUUAUAAUUUUAAUAUAUGUAUAUGUUUUGGAAUAAAAAAGUAAAAACUUGUUAAUGUUAAUAUACACAGCUGAAAUGUGCAUAUGUUUUAUUAACAAUUUAAAAGCUACCAUUUGUAUUUAUUAAUUUUACUUUUAAGAGUGAAAAUGCAGUAUCGGUUUUGUCACUCGCGGUUACUAAAUUUAAAUAAACCUAAUAGUUUGGUAGAAAUAAGCUAUUCGCGCUAUGACGUCAUUUGCGUGAUUAUUUAGAACAAAUUAAUUUAAAAUUUUAUUUCGCAAUAUUAACAACGCACUAAAAGACGCACUGAAAACAACUGCUGUUUGGGUUUUUCUGAUAAAUGUGAUUACGGUGCGAUUCUUUGAUCAUGAUUUUUUUUCAUACGUUUUAAACAUAUAUACUAUGCUUAAAAUCGUUCCUUAGUUGAUACUUUCAAUGUAUUUGUAAUUUAAAAUAAAAAUACUUAAACGUUUACUAAAAUAAAAGCAGAUUUGAAAUAUUUAAAUUUAUUCGAUUUCCUUAUAAUAAUAGAAAAUAACUAUGAUUUUUUUUAGGAAUCCGAACUUACUUAAAUAGUAUCUCCCUUUUGGUGUUAUGUGACAAUAAAUCAUUCUUAUUUGUAUACAAACAUACAUAUAUAUAUAUAUAUAUAUAUAUAAAUAUAUAUAUAUAUGUAUGUAUUGACAUGCCACUAAAAUAGUAUUGACUUGCAUUUAUGAAUGAUGAUAUGUUGCUAUAAUUGAGACUUACUUUCUCCCAUAUUAAAGCUCCUAUUUUAAUGUAUUGUUAACAGAAAUUUACGUCAAAUGACCGUUGUUGUUUUAUUUUAAAUUUGCAACAUAAGUCUCACCUAACGUCUCUCGAAAAUGAGGAAGUGUCACAAUCAUAUCACGUGAUACUGCUCUAUGUAUAUUUUAUUUUCAAACAGCAAUAAUGUUUUCUCUAGGUUUUUCAGCAUGUUUCGCAACACUUUUGUCAGCCAUGAAUUCGCUCCGACGCAUUUCCAAAUUAAUGUUAUGGGCGCAAAUAUGCUUCUGUUUUUAAGUAAUAAGUGAUUUGUUGGUAGAGCUGGCUGCAAGUAGCUCCAUUCUUUCAAAUGUGAACACUAUUGUUACUACUUUGUUUAUUGUGUGGUUUUUUCUUAACACAUCAUAUAAAUAAUUAAAGAGUACUUUAUUUCAACCCAUUUAGUGACUUAUUUAUCAGACUUCAGAACGGUGACAGUGAACCCACACUGCUCCACACGGGCAAUAGUGCCCUGUCACGUCCCGACAUUACACUGGUCUCUGCUGAGCUCGAGGCGAAGACCCAGUGUGAAGUACUAGAUGAGAUUGGCAGUGACCACAAACCUACCCUCAUUACAAUCUGUCUUUCACUUAUAAGACCUAGAUUUGCUAGGAGACACUGGCUGUUUGGCAAAGCCAAUUAGUGAUAGGAUCAUAGCUGGUGAUUUUAACGCCCAUAUGGGGGAUAUGGGCUACCCUGACACUAACGCCUCUGGGCGUUAUUUAGAGGAGGUUGAGCUCACAACCAAUCUUAUCAGACUUCAGAAUGGGGACAGUGAACCCACACUGCUCCACACGGGCAAUAGUGCCCUGUCACGUCCCGACAUUACACUGGUCUCUGCUGAGCUCGAGGCGAAGACCCAGUAUGAAGUACUAGAUGAGAUUGGCAGUGACCACAAACCUACCCUCAUUACAAUCUGUCUUUCACUUAUAAGACCUAGAUUUGCUAGGAGACACUGGCUGUUUGGCAAAGCCAAGUGGUCCCUGUUCCAGGAGCGAACAGAACGCAUGAUUGCGGAGUCAACUGAGACUCCCAAUACAUCCAAAAGCAUUGACGAUGCAUAUAACGACUUUGUGAGUGGUAUCCUCACUGUGGCAAAACAAACAAUCCCGAGAACAAACGGGAACCGCAAGUUCCGUCCUUUUUGGAAUAAGAAUUUGGCGAGGUUAGUCCGUGAACGAAAGAGAGCCCGGACCAAAGCCGGUAAGUUGAAGACGGCCGCUGCUCGAGCGGCUUACAAUAAACUGACGGCAGAGGUCCGGAAGGAGGUCGAUAGGGCCAAAAAGGAAAAAUGGGUUAGUUCAUGUGGAAAACUCGACCUGAAAGACGGAAAAAAGGUCUGGCGAUUGAUGGACUCAUUAUCCUGCACGGGAAAAAUCAGGAAUCUGCGACCGUUGCAAACGACGACAGGCACGGCUACCACAGAUGCCAAAAGUGCCGAUGCCCUAAACAAGCAUUUUGCAAAGAUAAAUCGGAAGCAGAAAGAGACCAGAGAGAGCCAGAACCUUAACCGUCUCCGGCGUAAUGGAGAAGUGGCCCAGAAGUGGGGGCCGCAUGCUGAAGUUUUCACCGCACCUUUCACUUUGGCCGAAUUGCAAACCGCCAUUAACAAGUGUGACGCCGCCAAGGCACCAGGUCAGGACAAAAUCUGCAAUGAAAUGAUUAAAAACCUUGGCCCAAUAGCAAGGACAACGCUAUUGGAAAUUAUCAACAGAACAUGGGUAACGGGAAUCCUACCCAAAGCUUGGCUAAGCGCUACCAUUGUCCCUAUUCCCAAAGAAGGGAAGAAACUCGAUAAACCUGAUGGCUACAGGCCGAUCUCCCUGACAUCGAUGUUAGGGAAGGUGGCCGAGAGAAUGGUCAACCAGAGACUCUACUGGCACUUGGAGAGCACUAAGAGUCUCAGCCCAAUACAGGCGGGCUUCCGCAAGGGAAUGCAGCCUGUGGACCAAGUGCUCCGUCUUCUCCAGUCCAUAACAGAUGGGCUCCAAAAGAAAUCCCAUACAGUGGCAGUAUUUUUUGACCUCAAACAAGCCUAUGACCGAGUUUGGAGGUCCGGUCUAUUGUUGAAACUGCAGAAGUUGGGAGUAACCGCGAACAUGUACAGGUGGAUCUCCGGUUUCCUCACAAACCAGACGAUAAACACGAAAUUCGGCGGUGAAACCUCCAGGAAGAGGACACUUGAGGAAGGACUCCCGCAAGGGUCUGCCCUCAGUUGCACCCUCUUCCUUGCGUACAUCAAUGACCUGCCACAGGUGCUAACGACUAGCUCUGCCAUGUAUGUGGACGAUUUGGUAAUUUGGAGCACCGGGAAGGAUGUCCACCGCCUGCAAACGCUAUUACAGCAGGACCUCUCUGCUAUCAACAGGUACAUGCGGUGGUGGCAUCAGGAAAGUAACACCGAGAAGACGGUCUCUCACUGUUCACAAAUGGGCGGACCAUUCUCAAACAGGAGAUCGAGCUCAAGGUGGGCGAUGUAGCGCUAAAGUGGGACAAACAACCGGUCUACUUGGGAGUUAAGCUGGACCAAAAGGUACAAAUGCAUAAUUUUGUACAGGACCUCUGCUCCCAGGCGACCGCCAAGCUCAACCUGGUGAAAAAAUUGGCUUGCACAAGUUGGGGCGCGAACGCAAGUACGCUUAGAGCUCUCUUUCUAAGCAGUGUAAGGUCGGUGAUGGACUACAGCAUGCCGGUCCAAUCCUUUGCAAGCAAGACCGCACUGGAAAAACUGGGCCGAAUCCAGAAUCAGGCACUGAGAUUCAUCUGUGGCGCAUACAGGACUACUCCCACAGCUGCUGUAGAAGUCUUGGCCAAUGUAGAACCGCUACAAAUUAGGAGGGAAAAAUCCAUCUUAAAUACCGUAGAGAGGUACCGACGGCUCGGUGAAAAUGAACCAGCCUUUCAAAUGCAAAAUAACUGGGUGGGUGGCAGGAGACUAAAGAGGUCCUCUUUCAUGCACCAGGUCGUGGAGCUGGAGAGGACAGUCCCCCUGCCCCCAAAUAGAGAACGUCUGACCCAAAUCCCAGUUAAUCCGCCUUAUGCGGAACCCUCACGCCCCUCCAUACAUUUGGCCUUGACAGAUGCAGCAGUGACGAAACGAAGCCCUGAACAUGUACAGAGAGUGGCUGCCCUUGAGACCAUGGAUGUGUUCACGCACAUACCUGUGAAAGUGUUCACGGACGGCUCUGCUGACUUUAGGAAAAAAACUGCUGGGUACGGUGCGCUUAUUCAGUACCCAGUAGGUGGACCACCCAAUGAAAAACUCUCCGGGCCUUGUGGGACUACAGCGUCAAACUUUGACGCGGAGCUUAUAGCUAUGCACAAGGCCUUGGAGAGAGUCCGUAUCACUCUGGAAGGGACGGAACAUGCGGGGCUCGAUAUUGUCGUCUUCUCAGACUCAAGAUCCGCUCUUGAGAUCUUGGAGAAGAGACAGGGUACCACAAGCUUGGUCGACGUCAUUCACAACGACAUAUGCAGACUUGAUGAAAUAGGGUGCAAGGUUGAAAUGCAAUGGAUACCAGGGCAUGUCAACAUCAGUGGCAAUGAGAUAGCUGACACUCUGGCGAAAACCGGGGCAGCCCAGCCUCAGCCAGAAGUACCAAUGACUUUCUUGGGAGUCAAAAACUGGCUGGCGGACCACUUCAGGCAGAAGUGGUACAGGCAAUGGGCUGACAACACGACCGCCAGAGGCGUCUAUUCGAACUUGCCUACUCCUAGCAAACAAGACCCAUGGUGGGGGUUAGGUCGUAGAGUGCAGAGUCUAGUAACGCAGAUGCGCACCGAGCACUGCCCCCUGCGCACAUAUUUCUGGAGGUUGGACAACAACAGAGAUCCUACCUGCCGGCACUGCAGCCUGGCCCCAGAGACCUUAGAACAUCUGUUGACGGAGUGUCCCGCACUAGAUCUCCCGGGGGAAGCCAGGGCGGUUGGAGGAUCCUUUGUGAGGGAAAUGUUGUAUGGCUCAGCUCAACAGAUGGAGUUGAUAGCCAAUUUACUAGCCGGGGUCAUAAGAGAGUAAUCUCAGACCUUCACCAGAAUAUGUGCGUUAGUUAGUGACUUAUUUGAAGCGCGAUUGGUUUAGAUCACAUCAGCAGAAGGAUACAUGAGUUUAAACUUUAAAACUGCUCAUUUUGGCCGUUCAGAGGGAACCUACCACAAGAGGACAUUUUGCUACAAGAGCAGCAUAUAUUUAUAUUAUUGAUGCUGCUAUAGUCGACAUAGACUUGAUGCAUUUGGAUAUUAUAUUCGAAACAUUUUUCUAAUGCACAUCAUAUGAGGAACUUUAAGGAUCUGUUUUAUAUGAAUCCCAAUUAGUUGUCACCUAGUAUGUUUUCAGAGUAUGGAUCUGCCUUUUGACAAUUGUUUUUUGUGUUUUGUAUUUGAUAUUUAAUUGGGAAAUCAUCCUGUUGUUUGUGCAUUUAAGUUUGAAACCUUUCUUCCAUUUUGGGGUUAUUAGUUCUGUUGUCGAUUGUGUUUGAAUUUUAUAUCAUUCCCAAAUUUCUGUUAUAUUUUUUGUGUCUGGGUGUGCAGUUCUCUUCCUAUAUUUUUAAUAUGAGCCACUGUGAAGAGGUAUUCUCUAGGUGUUUUGUUGUUGUUAAUGGAAUUGGUUAUAUGACUGUAUUUUGUUCCAAAGCUGGGAUGUUUACUAAAUGGUAUUGUCGUCAAUGAGGUAAUUGAUGAUAGUCGUCUUGUACAUUGUCUGCUUCAAGUGUGCCCUAAAAUUAUUCAGCCCGCCUGUCCCAUGCUUUAUUAUUUUCUUAAAUUAAUUCUUAAUCAGCUCUCUCACAUUUAAGGUCUUUCCUGGUAAGCAUUAUUUUCGUCUCUAAAGUACAUUCCUUUAAACUUUCAACUCUCGAUAACUCUAAUUUUAUUUUAAUUUAACUUUUACCUAUUUUUUCUUCAUACACAUUUUCGUGACUUUCCAUUGUCUCGCAUACCUUAUUUUUCUUAGUAUAAUUGGUCAGUCCAUGCAUGAUGAUAAAGCAAAUUUGGGUUCUAUUUUUGCAAAACCUAUUGAAACCUAUUCUUUAAAAAAAAUAUUAAUAACCUUUUUACCUAAUGAAACAAAAAAAAAUACAUAUAUUAUACAUGUCUUAAUAUUUUUCUUAUUAAAUUUAAACAACACUAUUAUAUUUUUCCAGGUCCUACACAACUGAAAGAAAAAACAAAACACUCAACAUUUCAGCUGGAUUCAAUGAUUAACAAAACUUUAUUAAUUAAACUACACGUUUAUGGCUAUCCCAAGCCCACAAGAUAUUCAUUAAUCAAAAAUGGCAAUCUGUUAAUAAAAUUUGAUAAUGUCACUGCUGGAAAUGCUUUGGAUUCAAUUUAUAUGAUCGCAUAUCAAGAUGAGGGUUCGCCAUAUGGAAGAGUGAAUUUGCGUUUCAAUUUCUUGGACGAGAAAACAUCGGGUUACUAUGUAUUUAGUGUUGACAAUGGAAUCGUACCCCAACUUAACUACAGUUUUUCCGUUCACACAGGUAUAUAUACGAAAUUAAUAUCUUGCAUCAAAAACUUAAUAUUUAGAUCUUAAAAUAAUUUUUUUAGAUCUUAUUUUGCCAUCUGAUCGCAUAAUCAAUGUAACUCUGGAGAUUUGGUGGAGAUUUGGUGUUAAUAUGUCACAUGUGAACGGUAAGUGCAAUCAUGAAAAGCUUUUCCUAGACUUUAUCAUAUCUUUUAUUUCAGUAUACAACAAUCACUACUAUAUCAAUAAUAUUUUAUAAAUAAGUCACGAACCUUUUUUUAUUAAGUCAAGACAUGACUUAAAACCAAGGUGGUAAACUCUGGCCGAUGAUUCUUACUAUUCAGCCCUGAGAAGCUGCUCCAAAGUAACCGUUUCGUCCCAACUACUUCGGAAAUUAGUUGCGUUGUGGAAAACCACUGUAGAAUCCCUCUUAUAGGGCGUCUAACACUUCCGUAAGAUGAGUGGAAGAAGCUUUUAGGACGUAAAAUUUUCAAUCCCGACUCCUGAGAAUUUAAUUACAGUUUAAUUACGAUCAGAAUGACGAGCUUUAUUUAGUUUAUCAGCGUCGCAUUAAUGCCUAGUGAUGUAAGAGGAGCGUUGAUGGACUAUGACUACGACCUGCUUUACAAUCAGUAUUAGCUUUUUAAAAAAACAAUGCCCUCAUAAACAAUCACUUUCGUACAUCUUUAAACAAUAUACAAUUUAUAAACACUAACUGAUUUUUUCAGAAUAUAACAGGAUAUAUGCAGUGAGUUCCAAAAAUAUCCUACGAAGACAUAAUUUAUGUUUGUAACAUCAGAGAUCGGUCGAUAGAAUCUCAAGUAAAUACACCUUUCAAUCGAAUAUAUAUCAGAUGUCUGUCGAAGAGUUAUCGAAACAGAUAACUACUGAUCUGACCACUUAAUGAACGCUCAAAAUUAACGGUGUGAUCAUUUAACUGCUGUCUGUCAACCCAGCAAUUUUAACAGCAUAUAGUUGGUCAUUGACGAACAUCCUUCAGUAGGUGUCCCUAUUUUUGGAUGCCAAAGAAAAGUACUUAUUAUACUACUGAGAAAUCUCCAUUCAAAGAGGAUAUUAUACAAUGGUACUCUAAUUAUUGUAAGGGAUCUUCUGUGCAACCCAAUCAGUCUUGAGAUCAUUUCAGUAUGAAAUUACGGUGACACACUUUUUAACAAAAGCAUUGAUUUGACACAAAAUGACAUUGAUCUGCCCUUAAGUCUUCGAUCUCGAAAAACUCCUAUAACGUCUCAUACAAUAGCAAUUAAUAAAUUAAUCUUAUGUAAAGACAUUUGGCCCUAUUAGAAUUGCUAUUACAGCUGUCGUAAUUUCGCAGGGACAGAAUUAUGUUCAAAUUGCCUUUAUAAUGAAGUAACAGUCAAGGGAAAGUGCAAAUUCAACCAAAACUCAAACUACUGCAAGAUGAACCCGGAUUUGCAGUCAAUUAUGAUUUUAAUUAAGUCUUCUACAUUUGACUGUAUUUCAAUAAAAUGGUGUGCAAGCAAAUUAAAAUGUGAAAGAUUUUUAAGCCAAAAACGCGUUAAUAAUUUUUACGCAAACUAUAAGAACAAUCUUGCUUAAACUUAAAGAGCCCUGCUAGUGGUUCGCUUUUACCUACUUUUAAGAAAGCGCGUAAAACAGCCAUUUUACUAAAAUCAGAGAAUCUGAAUUGCAUUGCCAUUGUUGUUUUCCAGGGAUUUCACUAACAUCAAGUUAUGUGUUAAAAUAUAUGGUGCAUUCAUUAUCCCAAUAAUCAAAAUUCCGUUAUAAUAUUUAUGUGAAAUGUUCCAUGAGUUUGAUAAUUAAACGUUAAGACAUACUAUUUGUUUAUUUGUCAAAUAAAAUUUAAGUAAUAUUUUCAGGCAUAUUAACCAGUACACUUCAGCCUAAUGUCGUUGCUUUAGUUGUUGGUAUUGGAGCUGCAGCUGCUUUUCUUUUAUUCAUUUUUGUUAUAUGUUAUUUUAGGAAGAAAGGUAUGUAUACAAUAACACAUUAUUGCUUGUUGAUUGCUAAUAUGUAAAAAUAUAUAAACUGUUAAACAUAAAACAGCAGUACUUAAAAUAACAGGUACAUGAUAUUUUUUAAAGUAUAUUUUUGCACAGAGUCAAAAUUAUGGCAUCUAAUGCAAUGAGCUUAGAAAAUGUAUUUUCGUAAUGGAUUGGCUGACAUUAACGUUAAUAUUUAUUAUUUUUAAAAAUCUAAAAGAAUUAUGCAGAUAAACGCAUCUUUAUUUUUAAAAAUAAAAAUGUUUUUAAUUUCUUCUAUAAUUAUUUUUUUUUUAAUUUUAAUUAAUUGAUUUAUUUCGUUUAAAACGUUUAAACUAUUGUUUUAACAGUAUCUUGCUAUCAGACGAAUUUGCAAAGUAAAUCGUCAUCUGAUUCAUACGAGGGUAUUGUUUAUGAAGAAAUUGAUUUAAACUAUGAAAGUCAUGGCAACCUACAAGCUGGCAAUGACAACCAAAUAACAAUUGACAGUCAAAAAAUGCAAGUAGAAGUUAUUAUACUAUAGACGAUGCUAAUGAUAACUUUGUGACAUUAAUAAACAAUAAACACGAUGUGUUGGACAAAGACUUGAAUGUAGAUUACACAAAAUAUAAAAUACCUGGAAAGUUAGUAAAAUGGGAUGCUGAUUAUUUUAUGGUCAUACGAUGAAUUAUUUAUAUAUGAAAGUAAACAGAUAUUAGUGUGAGUGAUAACAUCACAUUAUAGGAAAAUAAAUACAUUACAGC